CGGGUCACAGGGGAAGGCAAACCAUCGUGCUAAUAAACUGGUCGGUGAUGGUGGCGUGGUUGUGUGCACCCGUGGUUGUGGCGUGGGGAGGUGGGUGCUGGCAGGGCGGCGCUGGGACGGGGCCUGGAAAGAGCAACAGGUGAUGUGUGCCUGGUGGUGGCAUCGAAAUGGCGGUGCGGGUCUGCAGCGAGCCUUCCUCGGUGCCGGUGUGCCAGGGCCCGGUGUGAUACUGUCAUGGGUGUGCUGUGCCGCUCUCUGUAUCCUGCUGUAUGUGGAAUUCUGUUAUUUAAACUAACUUGACCUGUGUAGUUACAGUUUCAGUACUGUUUUAAGUAGUGAGGGUCUGAUGGAGCUUAGCAAGCAUUUGCUGUCUCUGUGCUUUUAUUUUCAAUGGGAAGUGUCUAUUUAAAUACUUACUAUUUUCUUACUUUUUCCACAGCCCUGAGGACUGACCAUAUGGGUUUUAUCAGUGUCCUCCUCUAAGGUUCCCCAUUUGUGCAGGUUUUCAGAAAACAAGUGGCUGUGUUGGGUGAAUCUAACACAUAGGCCCGCAUGUGUGGAAACUGGCCUCGAAGAGGGCAGUACCCAGGCAGGAAUGAGUGUACACUGUGCCUUUGUGCCGUGCAGUGCACAGAACAACUGGUUACCUGAACCAUUUAAAGAGAAUUCUGAGAGGAGUAAGUGAAGACUUUCUCUCCUUUUCAAAUGGUGUCUCCAUCCCUUCCUGUUGACAACUCGCUGCACUGUCUGUUUACACCUUCCAGAUGGUGUUUGGGGAUACCGGCUCGAUUAUAAAAGAGUUUGCAAUGGCAACGCUCUGGAAAUUCGUGAGAGUAGCUAAGUAUUCCAAAACAGCAUUAUCACCAAAAGUGAAGUUGAGAGCAAUUCCCACCCGUUCAAGGCAUUCUUCAUCCAAGUCUGUACCUUCAAAUUUUUCUGCCAGCACACCCUGCUCAACUACUGUGGAACUGCUGGGUAAAGCUUAUCCUCAGGAUGACUACAGCAAUGUCACAGAGAAGAUUCUUUCCAAGGUGGGCAAGAACUUGCACAACAAAAGGCAUCACCCCUUGUGGCUAAUCAAGGAGCAGGUGAAGGACCACUUUUACAAACAAUACACAGGACGCCGUGGGACUCCGCUUUUUUCUGUCUAUGACGGUCUUUCUCCAGUGGUUACAGUACAGCAGAAUUUUGAUAGUUUGCUUAUCCCACAAAACCAUGCCAGCAGAAGGAAAGAGGAUAACUAUUACUUGAAUCGUGCUCACAUGUUAAGAGCACAUACAUCAGCUCAUCAGUGGGACUUGAUACACUCUGGCCUAGAUGCCUUUCUGGCAGUGGGAGAUGUCUACCGCCGUGAUACAAUUGAUAACACCCACUACCCCGUCUUCCAUCAGCUGGAGGGAGUUCGGCUCUUCUCCUGUCAUGAGUUGUUCUCCAGCAUUAAAGAUGGUGAAGGCUUACAGUUGUUCGAGCAAGGUCAUCGCACUGCACACAAGCAAGAAUGUCACACCAUGGAGGCAGUGACGCUGGUGGAGUUCAACCUGAAGCAAGUGCUCACAAAGCUCAUGACUCACAUCUUUGGUGAUGGACUGCAAGUCAGAUGGGUAGACUGCUACUUCCCAUUUACUCACCCUUCCUUUGAGAUGGAGAUCAACUUCCAAGGAGAAUGGCUGGAGGUCCUGGGCUGCGGAGUCAUGGAGCAACAGCUAGUUAACUCAGCUGGUGCUCAGGAUAAAAUUGGCUGGGCAUUUGGCUUGGGUUUGGAGAGGCUGGCCAUGAUCCUGUACAAUAUCCCUGACAUUCGACUGUUCUGGAGUGAAGAUGAACGCUUCUUGAAACAGUUUAUUGUGCCUCACAUUUGGCAAAAAAUAAAAUUCCAGCCACUCAGCAGAUAUCCACCUUUGAUCAAUGACAUCUCCUUCUGGCUGCCUUCUGAGACAUACUCGAAGAAUGAUUUCUAUGAUUUGGCUCGAACCAUUGGUGGAGACGUGGUAGAAAAGGUUGUCCUAGUGGAUGAAUUUACCCAUCCAAAGACAAAGAAGGUCAGCCAUUGCUACCGUAUCAUUUACCGCCACCCAGAGAGGACUUUAACGCAGGACGAGGUGCAUCGCAUUCAUCAAGCUAUUGAAGAAUCAGCAGUUCGAGAACUUGGGGUUGAGGGCAGGUUCUAGCAUCACUGAUCUGAAGCCCUAAUGGCAGUUGGGUUUGAUUUGGGUUUUUUUUUUCUUUCUGGAGUUGGGGGGUACAAGUAAAGAGAGAGGUUUUGUGACUGACCCAAGCACAUGGAAAACGAUUGAUAAAUGGGCUAUGGUAAAACUACCAGAUAAUAAACAUUACUACUGAGAAAUCA